ACUCCUGAGCCUCUUCAGCCGUGAUCGCAUUGUCAACUAUAAUCCGACCCCGAUGGAUUCUUGCGAUGCUCAUGGCUUGGAGGGACAAUUGUUGGAAUGGCGCUGGCAGAUGAUGAAAGACGUCUGCAGAGGAGGCGCAGAUUCUGGCCAAUCAGAGGAGCCGUAGCUUGGAUUGGAUAUCCGGAGCGACGACGACAAAUCCACCACCGCGCGUCCUUCAUCCGUAUCUUCCACCAACCUAUGUUCUCUACCGCUUCAAUUGCCUCAAGGUUCAUAAUCCCUAUACCCAAUCCCUAGAAAUAAUCCCUAGAAACAAUCCCUAUAAACAGCCUCUAAACCCCUCUCCCCCAGAAUCCCCCCUCCAACCCCACCUCUACCUCCCUAUACCUCUCACCACCAUAACAACCAUGGGCAACUGCUUCGGCAAGCCCUCCACCAAAUCCUCCCCCUUCCAAGGCUCUGCUCGCACCGUCGGCAGCGCCAACCCCCCCGCCCGCCCCGCCCAAGGCAGCAGCACCGCCACCAACCCCCAGAAAGCAGCGCCGCCGAUCAAGCCGGAGACCGGACGGACGUUGGGGGGCGGGACGAGGGACGUGGAGGAUCCGAAGGCCGCGGCGGCAAGAGCGGCAGAGAGCCGCGCGCAGAAACCCACGCCGUCGAACAAGCUCGCACUGCAGCUCAAGACACAGCAGAAUCGGACGAGGACGGAGAUAUUGAAGGAGGCGAGCGAGGAGAAUCAGCGGCAGAAGGAGGUGGAUGCGGGGGCGACUGUGAGGAGGUGGGAUUGA